AUGGAUUCACAUCAACUAGAACUACCAGACGGAUUGAAUAACAUGACGAUGGAUGCAGACACUUUAAUUAGCCUUUUUGUGCUCGUUGUUUGCAGAAGUGAACAAAAGCACCUUAAAAGUCAUCUUUACUAUUUGCAAAAUUUUUCGAAUAACUCUUCUUCUACAAAAUUCGGCAUUCUAGGGUAUGCUGUAUCCACACUGGAAGCAGUGGUUUGUUAUUUCGAAGACUUCAACAAAAAUACAGGCAACGUGGCGAAAGCUAACACAUUAUGUGAAAAAACUAAGAAUUUAUUAGAUAAGUUGUCAUGUGAAAACCCCACAAAUGAAGUAGAAGAUCUGGCAACAUACAAGGAUAUUUUGACCUACAGAAAUGAGCAAGGACAAUCCAUUCUAUCCAUAUGUAUAACAAAUCAUAAAAACUACAUCUUAUUAGAUAUUCUUUCUGAAUAUGAAAACGACUUUCCAGUAGAAGACCUUUUAGAGGACGAAACGAUUGAUGGUUCUACGCUGCUUAUAGAAUCGAUAAAAGCAGGAAAUUUAGAAGCCGCGAAAGUUCUCAUAAAGAUCAUGCUGUUCAAUUGUACUGAAGAGGAGCUGGUUUCUUAUAUCAAUAAAACAGAUAAAUAUGCACGUACCGUGGCUCAUUAUCUAACCCAUGAAAUGGAUAUACUUAAAAGCAUCGGAAAUUAUAUUGAUUGGAAACGAAAAAAUUCCAGUGGACAAACGCCUUUAUUUUCCAUCUUUAGAAGUUAUGAUCAACCAAAUUAUGAAGAAAUGGUGAAGACCGCAUUUGAUAUCGCAAAUACUUGGUAUAGAAAGCACAACAGUUUGUUUGACUAUCUAGACCACACCGAUAAUAAGGGCAAUAGCUUGUUGCAUGUUUUGAAAACAAACAUUCCAAUCCUUUUACAACUGACUAAGCUAGAUAUUAAUGAGGAAAAUUAUAAGGGAUUGACGCCAUUAAUGGUAUAUGUGAAGUACAAAAGACUAAGUAAUAUUGACGCCAUCACGAAAGACCGUCGACUUAUAUUAGAGAAGGUUCAAAACUCGACCUUCUUCACUUGUUUUGAUUAUGCAAAAGAUCACUCGGUACUAAGCAAGAUAGGAGAAAGGGGUGUCAAAGAUUCACUUUUUGGAUUAAUAUAUUUUCAUUCUUUGCGAUAUCAUAAUUUAAAUGCGACAACAAAUAUAACAUCCGUUUCAAAUGCAGAGAAACCUUUCGCCACUACUGUUAUUAACAUGAAAACAAUUCAAGGCUUACUACGCUCAAUUCUGAAAGACAAUCCGUUCACCUUUUUGCCAUUAAAUACCUAUAUCGAUGAAAUAUCGCACUUAAACCGUUCUGAUUUAACAAUAAUCGGGAAAACAGAUGUCACAUCGUUACUUCACCAAUUAACUAACUGCUUCAACGUUCUUUUAUUCCUGAAAAAAAUUCCAGAAAAUUUGUUCACUGAUGAGGCUUCUAUCUUAUAUUGGAUGCGCAUAAACACUUCUAAAAGAAACCAGAAACCCUCAGGAAAAGAAAAUCCAAAAACAAUGGAACCCGAGGAGAUUAAUAUGAUACAAAGCUUUUUACGUUUUAAUUUUGAUGAGAUUUCAUCAUUUAAGGCAAGCUUGAAUAUUUUGAGGAAAGUCUUAAUAUUUAUUAAUUUGAAAUCCGAUGAUUUCGAGGAUGCUUAUAAGGGUCUUAACGAAAUGGGUAGAAAAUUAAUUAAUAGUGAAGCAUCCAGCGCAUUUAAGGGGAUUAUAACAAAUCAUAAUAUGUUCAGUGAAUUAUCGCUAGCAGCACUACUAGAAAACGUGCGUUUCUUGGAACAAUGUACUAUCCAACUAUCUAGUUUCGUUCAGAUAAUUUUAUUUGAAAAAAUUCCGAACUGGUGGAAACAUUAUGGUGAGUUUUUAGCUUUACAUAAAAGCUAUCGGAAGGCUUUUCCUAACAUGGUUAAGCCAAAAAGUGCAUCAGAUACCUCUAGUCGUGCUCCACUUGGUGGUUUUAUUGAAACGAAGCGUGAACAAUCGGAGCAAAGACUAGCGGUUCAGAUAAAGGCCUCUUCAAAAAUGCUCAAAGAACUUGGAAGCGAAAUUUUUGUAGCUCACGAAAGGUUGGCCGAGGAACUAAGCAAUUAUAUGGAGUUCAGGAAGGCGUGCUUAGAUCAGCGUAGUCUUGUGGCAUUUGCCACAACCAACAUUAGCGUUCUUCAAGAAUGUGUUUAA